AUGGCUUCACUCGACAUUACGCGACUCUUUUCGGUCAAGGGCUAUGUGGCCGUGGUGACCGGAGGCAGUAGCGGACUGGGCCUAAUGAUAGCAAAGGGCCUCGUCACGAAUGGUGCCAAGGUGUACGUGGCUGCUUUACCAACUGACGUCAUUGAUGAAGCUGUCAAAGAGCUCAACGAGUUGGGCAAUGUGCCAUGCGACCUGUCGUCGCAUGAUGAGAUAACAAAGCUGGUAAAAUAUGUUCAACAACGCGAACACAGCCUUGACUUAUUAGUGUCAAACACUGGUAUUCGACGGGAUCCGCUGGAUCUUUGCGACCUGGAGACUGAUAAUGUCCUCGAAUUGCAAGCUUCAAUGCAGUCUUCGAGGCCGUCUGACUGGAAAGACACAUUUUCCAUCAACGUCACAUCACACUAUUACCUGGCUGUCGCAUUCCUUCCCCUGCUGCAUGCUGCCGCUUCCCAUAAUGAUGACGACGGUCCCGGUAGUCGUCAAGGACGUGGCGCCAUGAUCAUGACGAGCUCAUGUGCUAGUAUGCACAACGUUACCAAUGUUGACCUGACGAGCUACGCUGCAAGCAAAGCCGCUACGGAUCACCUAGUGAAGCUUCUGGCCGCCAAGUUCAGAAAUUUCUACGUUCGAGUUGUGGGGUUGAAUCCUGGCUUCUUUCCAAGUCGUAUGAAUCCUGUUGGAGAGGAAGGCAAUAUGUUUAGUUCCUUGUUCAACAAGGUUCCUGCCAAAAGAGCUGGUCAAGAGGAAGACAUCGCCGGCGCGGUGAUUUAUCUUGCUAGCAAAGCUGGGGUAAGCCUCAAGUCUUCUCGUUCCGACAUUUAA